AUGAAUAUGGGAGGCCUCUGGCCUUGGGUGCUGGGUCUGGUCUCUUUGCCAGGUUUGAUCCUAGGAGCACCCUCAGCCUCCAGCUGCUCAGAAGCCUGUGGAACCAGCUUCUCGGAGGGCCUCAACCCCGAGGGGACCCAGACAUCCUGGGACAAGGACAUCCCUGCGAUUAACCAAGGGCUCAUCCCAGAGGAAACCCCAGAGAGCAGCUUCCUCCUCGAGGGGGACAUCCUCCGGCCGAGUCCCUUGCGGCUGUUCUCAACUACCAGCAACAAGUGGCCCAAGAAUGGGGAGGUCGUGGAGGUCCCCUUCCUGAUCUCCAGCAGAUACGAUAAAGCCAGCCGCGACAUCUUCCUAAAGGCAUUUGCCGAGUUUGAACGCUUCACAUGCGUCAGGUUUGUUGCCUACCAGGGCCAAAGAGACUUCAUUUCCAUCGUCCCCAUGUCUGGGUGUUUCUCCAGCGUGGGACGCAGCGGAGGGAUGCAGGUGGUAUCCCUGGCACCUACGUGUCUCCAGAAGGGCCCAGGCAUUGUCCUGCAUGAGCUCAUGCACGUACUGGGCUUCUGGCAUGAGCACUCACGGGCUGACCGGGACCACUAUAUCCGUGUCAACUGGAAUGAGAUCCUUCCAGGCUUUGAAAUCAACUUCAUCAAAUCUCGGAGCAGCAACAUGCUGGUGCCCUAUGACUACUCAUCAGUGAUGCACUAUGGGAGGCUUGCCUUCAGCCGGCGUGGGCUGCCCACCAUCACACCGCUCUGGGCUCCCAGUGUCCACAUUGGCCAGCGAUGGAACCUGAGCACCUCGGACAUCACACGGGUCCUCAGGCUUUAUGACUGCAGCCCAAGUGGCCAAAGUCCCCGUGGGAGAGGGUUCCAGCCCCACAGCGACGGUAGGAGCCCUACUCCUGCUUCUAGACCAUACCUGCAGCAGCUUCUGAAGGCAUUGUCGGCAGAAUCUGGGCGCCCCGACCCCAGUGGCUCCAAGGCUAGAGCCCAGCGCAUUGUUGCAGGGCCUGGAGAGAGCCCACGUAGCUGGAAGCUCCCUGUGCUGAGAAAGUUGGGUGUGGGGGCCUCUGCAAAGCUGCUUCAGACCCCAGCUUCCUCCCUAAACUCCAGGCCUGGAACAGGCGUUCCUGGUUUGGCUCUAGAGAGGUCCUGGCUGGCCCAAGUGCCCUCUGUACCACUCACUGCUUCUCCGGAAGCAGAAGACCAGCCAGGACCCAUCCAGGAGGCUUUGGGGAGCAGCUCUCCCAGGAGCACAUGUACCUGAAAGUCCUUUCAGGGGGAUGUGCAGAAGUUGAGCCUGUGGCUUCUGUCCCCAAGUGCGAAGGGCAUCUCCGUCUAGAGUAGCCCAUAGCCCCCUCCGGGCAGUACCCUGUCUUCCAGCCUCAAUCUGGCCACCCUGUGUGAGGCCUGGGACUCUCCCUCUGCCCCUUUCUUCUCCAUAUG